GCGAGGAAACAGCAGAGAACCUUAUGAAAAGUAUGGCGGCACAGUUAAACCAGGAAGACAGGAAUAGGGAAGCCAGAAAUAGUAUGACUGUUAUAUUAGAGUGCAUUUAUGAAUGCAAAAAUGAAAAUUAUUUUGAUGUAAAAUUGGCCCGCACUCUUGGCCCUUGUCUCCAAAUUGAAACCAUUACUGUUAGGCGCACAUUAAGAUCAGAGGUGGCUAAGACUAUCUUACUAACCAACAUUCUUAGAACAAAUACAAGUAUGACAAAGUUGGAUUUGUCUUUGAAUAAAAUUUGUGAUGACGGUGCCGCUGCUCUGGCUGAUUGUUUGAAAGAAAAGAAGUCUCUGACAGAUUUGAGUUUGUCUUCUAAUGAAAUUGGUGAUGCUGGUGCUGCUGCUCUGGCUAAGUGUUUGAAAGAAAAUAAAUGUCUGAGAACGUUGGAUUUGGAUGAAAAUAACAUUAGUGAAGCUGGUGCUGCUGCUCUGGCUGAAUGUGUAAAAGAAAAUUCAUCUCUGGAAAAGUUAUAUCUGAACGGAAAUAUCCUUAGGGAAGCGGGUGCUGCUGCUCUGGCUAAGUAAGUAUUUGAAAGAAAACACAUCUCUAGAAGGGUCGUCUUGACCUUUAAAUUACUUUGGUAAUUCUGGUGCUGCUGCUGCUCUGACUGCUGUGCGAGAGUGUCAUCCAUCUCUAACCGAGUUAGAUGGGCUUCCCCUGAAAUUUUAUACUCUGUGCUCUGACCAAUUUUAAAAAGCGAUAAUGUAGCGAAUAAUCAGGGAUUCACGGCUCUUACUCUUAGCAGGGUAAAUGUACAGUAGCUUCCAAUUAUCGAUAUAAAUAUUAAUGCAAUAGUUAUGUAGCAUCUGAAUAAAGGCUGAUAGUUUCGAAAGAAACUGUUUGGGGCUGCGUCGGUGGGAGUAACGAAAUAA